AUGUCCAACAGAAAUAAAAAAUCUAAAAGUCCCUAAUUACAAUAGCCUAAAAAUAUUGAUAAGGAUCUCAUGAAGUAUCUCAUAUAUUAGAAAAUCGUUAAACCAUAAGCUCCUUUAGAAUUAAUUACUAAAACUUAGCCUGAUGAAGAUUCUGAAGUUGAAGAUUUCAAAUUAGAAAUAGAAAUGAAGUAUUUUUGAAUUCUAUAUAAUUAUAGAUUUAAGAGUUGCAAAAUAAAUCAUACAUUUAAAUUUCCUAAAGAAAAUUAUGAAUCUUCAUCUGAUACCUCAUUACAAUCUUUAAAAGAUGUCACUAUCUAUAAUUUAAAUUGUGAUAACUUAGAUCGAUUGACUGAUGCCACUCAACCUAAUUUCAUGAAAGUAUUAAACGAGAGACUUAUGAAAUUAACUGAUCUUAUUGUUGAUGAAUAAUCUAUCAAAACUAAAUAAUUCAACUAUGCACCAAACUUGAAAUCCUCUAGGUUAUUAAUUUUAAUAAUAUAGAAUGUAGAAACUUAGAGGAGCAACUAACAUUUCUAAUACAUCCAUUAUUAAACCUACAGAACUAUCUUUAAAUGCUGCUAGUUAAAGUUAAGGAAGGGAAAGUGUUAUCACAAAACCUCCAUCUAAUCUAGGAUUUAGAGCUACACCAACACUUUCAUCUGAAAAAAAAAAUAGAUCUAAACAAAUUCAACAAAUAUUGAAAAUUACCUAAUAAAAAUAUAUGAAUAAUCAAAGGUAAUUAUUUUAUGAUUUUAUAGCAUAGGUGGAACAUUUUAUAAGAAAACACCUUAAGUAAAUAAUAACUAUAUAAAUAUUAAUUCUAAUAUCAAUAAUAGUAUAGUUGUUACAGGUAAACGUAAUAUUUAAGAUAUUCGAAUUAAAACAGAAUAAGAUGAAUCUGAACCUAGUUUAAAUUAAUAUUAAGUUGUUCCAAACUCUAGGUAAUUACAUUCAUUCAAUUUAGACCAAAAAUGAGAGAAUCUACUUUAAAGGGCAAAAAAUUAGAUAUUUCAAUUGGUUAUAAAAAUCUCACCUUAGAUAGUUAAUAUCUAGAAAACUAUAGUCGUAAUGCUAAAAGCCAAAAUAAAAAUUAUAAGGUUUGA